AUGAAAAACAUCGAAAUGAUUACGAUGUGCAUUGAAUCACGUGAUAUUCUACCGUCCAAAAUGGCGGAUGGUAGCAGAGAGACGGAAAGUCAGCUGCUAGGAAAAUUCGUAGAAAAGCAGACUAAGUAUGGCACAACGACGCGGUUAGUGGCAAAAUCGUCGUUUGUCGUGAAGCAUAAAGUGUGUCAGUCCGAUACUUUGAUGGGGAUCGCCCUGAAAUAUGGAUCAACGGUGGAGCAAAUAAAACGUGAAAACAAACUGUGGACAAAUGACAGUUUAUUUCUAAGGGAGUACCUGUUAAUUCCAAUAGCUAGUGAAAAUGAGAACGAUCUUCCAGAGGAUUGUGAAAUUGUUGAAGUGGACAACACUCUGCGCUCACGCUCGAGUAGUCAGAAAUCUAGGUCAAACAGUCAAGUGAAUGGCAGUGACAAUGCGAACUCAACUCACACGCCGACAAAACAGAGUUCUGAGCCGGAGGAAACCAAAGAAACCUCGGGAAAAGACUUUCUUAGCAAGUUUGAUAAUUCGUUUGCAGUUUUAAAGUCCAAUGUUAAGAAAAUGGAACAAAAUACCAGCUUCUAUGAAGAUACCCACAAUGCAUUGCCACAUCCUCCGAAAACCCGUUCCACUUCCUCUUCUUCUCAUUCUCGAGCUUUGUAUGACGGGUACCAGAACAGCGGGUACCAGUUAGAUGGUUCACCAGUGUUACAAAUUAAAUCUCGAACUCAGAAAGUGCAGUCAUCCGUGUCCAGUCGACUCGAGCAGAAAAGUGAUGAACUGUUCCAGUUAUGACCAGCAUUUAUCUAGUUAUUAUAAAUAAUUGUUAUUUUGUAAAACCAAAACAGGUAUUGCAAUUGAAGUAUUUUUUAAAAGCCAUAAAAAUGUCACAAUAAUAUUGAAUUAUGAAUAUGAAAGAAAUGUUUUUAUUUAUUUUCAGUUUGAUUAUGUCAGUAAUUUGUAAAGUAAAUAAAUGAUAUUUUGAUAAUCUCUUGAGACUUAAUUUGGUUAAAUAUUUUUAGUCAGAGAAUUUUUAUAGUUUCUGAAUAUUUUUUUUGAGAGUUUAAAAUUCUAAAACAUUGUUUUGAUCUUUGGCAUAGUUAAAUACAUAAAAUGGUCAAUGAAAUUAAUUAUUACCGCAAUUAUUAUUACAGUAAUCAAUGUGGGUACAAUCAGUAGCUAGGUGCUUCGUACACAUUUUAAGUACAGGUAAUAACAUUUAAUACAUGUAUAUAUUUCCCUGUAUGAUAUUUACAUUAGUCUCCCACCCACCCCCCCCCCCCCCACAACACACACGCACACAAACACAUACAAUAUAUGUAGAUCCUAACUCUGUAUAUUUUUAAUUAAAUAAUGUAUAUAUUGUUUGAUCUACCAUUGAUACAAAACCAUGAAAAUAAUAGUUGCAACAGUGUAGAAACCUUGGGUUGUUUUUUUGGUUUUUUUUUUUUAAUAACAAAUAUGUGUGUACCUUUGUUUUGAUUUUUUUUUACAUAUACAAUUAAAAGUGUCAGAUUAUUUUUAUCUUGAUGUCAAGUUUACCAUUAAAUUUAUGACAGCAUCAUUGAUCAUAAUAAAGAGAUAUCAUUUAAAUAAAAGUAUUAAAUAAACAUAAUAAUUUUACACAUAAUAUGAUACCGUAUUAGUUGAUUUUUCUGUUUAUAUAUAUACAUGAACCAGUAUGCUUUUUUUUUUUUAGAUCUACUCAAUAGAUUUCCUCCCUGUAUAUUGGUUUCCAAUUUUAAUUUAAGUCCUUUCGAGUGAUUGGAUGGUUUUUGGAUGGUUUGAUGGGAUUUCAUUGUUUUCGAUUAUGAAUUUCACAAUUAUGUUUAAUACACCUGUAGCGCUUUAGCUAAUUUGCAGUCAUUACUGCAUAGAAAUUGUUAGUUUCAUUUACAGCAUUAAUUUUUAUGAACCGAUACACAACACAAAUAUAUGAUGCAAAUUUGUGAAUAUGUAUUGAUAAUUUACCUAUUUAAAAAUAUCCAUGACUUAAAUGGUGUUCAGACUGAAUGAAUGUAAAAUAUGUACAUAUGGUAUCUAUUUGACCAUAUUGACUUGAUAUAUCUGUUUAGAAGAAGAAGCAUUGUUAGUUGUGACCAGCAGAAGAAUUUGAGUUAGGUCCCCUGAACCUCAUAUUAUUGAGGUCAUAGAGGACCUCAUGCAGAGAUUAAGAUUAUACCAUUGUACAAUAGCUAGUCAACCAUGUGAUAGUUCAUUGUAAACUGCUUCGUCAACGUAGUUAAUAAUUGAAACCAAGAGGAUUAUGCUUUUGUUUAAAACAUAUACUGUCUAAUUAAACAUGAUAGAUCUUUGUGUAGCAAACUACUUGGAGCGGAUCAAAGAUCUCAUUUUAGGGUUAUGAUUUUAUUCAAUACAAUCAUAGGCUGUCUGACAAUGAUCUUCUCCAAUUGUGAGAUUUGUUAUCAUAUGGGAGAACAAUUUCUGUGAAAUUUUGCAUUGCUCAUUUUACAUGUAUUAAUAAAGAGGUUUCUGAA